CUUUAAAUAGAACACUAUUUGUAACAAACUCUCAGUUGUGUACAGUUCGUAAGAGUGAAAGCAUCUUCUGAGUUUUAGCAAAUCACAAGUCAGCAUGGAUUUCUACUACAUCAUCGAAUCUGCGCCCUGUCGCUCUAUUCUAAUGCUCGCCCAAUCAUUGGGUGUUGAAUUGAAUCGCAAGAUCUUAAGUUUGAAGAAUGGUGAGCACUUGACACCCGAAUUCCUGAAGAUCAAUCCGCAACAUACCAUUCCCACAUUGGUGGACAAUGGCCACUCGAUUUGGGAAUCACGCGCCAUACUCAUUUACUUGGCCGAAGCAUAUGGCAAAGAUGACGCGCUGUACCCGAAAUGCCCCAAAAAGCGGGCUGUUGUCAACCAGCGUCUAUUCUUCGACCUCAACUUGUAUGGUUGCUUUGGCGAUUACUACUAUCCCGUCGCUAGAGAUAAGCAAACGCCGGUGCCAGAGCGCUUGACCAAACUUGAGGGUCAAUUGGAAUUCUUAAACACAUUCUUGGACGGGCAAACGUACGCCGCUAACGAUAGUUUGUCGCUUGCCGACUUCACUUUGUUUGCCUCUGUCUCGACGUUUGUCGUGUGCGGUAUUGAUGUGAGCAAAUACCCAAAUAUUGUCAGCUGGUUGGAGAACCUCAGCAAAACACUGCCCGGCGCAGACGAAAAUCAAAAAGGUUGUGAUUUAAUGAAGGUAUAUUUUAAGUAGAGGUUUCAGCGGUCCAAUUAUGAACUGCGAGUUCCACAGUGAUAAAUAUGGAACGCUUCAAGUUCAGUAAUUAACAUACAUAAGUGCAUAUACUCGUACACAUGCUACAGUAAUUAUUAUAAUCACAAUCAAUGUUUGCAUUAUCAGUUCAUUUUAUAUAAAUAAAGUUAUGUUAUCUUUUUAGUACAGCAGAAUAACA